CAUUACAACGCGAGUGAAGAGAUGAUGGGGCUGACAAGGAGGGAAGGGAGGCAGAGGCGAGUCAACUCCAACCCGCCCGGUCACCGGCCGGAGGGGAGAAUGGCGGAGACGACGGGGACAGCUCAGACCCACCGGCUCCGCGCGCGCGCCGAGGCGGCGGUGGCGGCCCUGGUGGACGUCCGCCCCCACGAGAUGCCCCCGCUGACGAGCGCCGCCUCAACCUUCUUUUUCAUCCUGAGCGCCUACUUCGUGGUGCUGCCGCUGCGGGACGAGGGGGCCAUCUCUCUGGGCCUCGGCGCCCUCCCGGGCCUCUUCGCCGGCUCGCUCGUGCUCACCGUCCUCGCCGCCCCCGUCGCAUCCCUCGCCUUCUCGCUCCCGUCCGUCCCCAAGUCCAGGGCUUUGGUUUUGAUACACAGGUUCUUCAGCAUAUCCCUUCUUGUAUUUUUUGUGCUUUGGUUUGCCUCGAAGCCGGGCUCCCCAUCUACCGCCCAGUCAAGUGAAGAUAGUUCAAAUAAACCUGCUGGGUGGGGAAACCACAGCUGGUUAUACAUAGUUGUGAGAAUAAGCUUCUUUCUUUGGGUUGCUUUGCUUAAUCUCAUUACAAUAUCAUCCACUUGGGCAAGGGUAAUUGAUGUCAUGGACAGUGAGUCAGGUUCAAGAUUGUUUGGUUUUAUUGGGGCUGGUGCUACGCUAGGGCAACUUUUUGGUUCUUUGUUUGCUGCAAGCAUGGCAUGGAUGGGACCCUUUCUGCUCCUAUUUUCCUCCCUCUUGAUGGAACUUGCUGCACUGUCAUCUAAAGGAAUUUGCAUUGAUGCUAAUCAUGGUUCAACAGAAUUGCUAUCAACAGGAGCAGAACCAAGUCAAAAUACCGAGCUUGGUGAUGAAAUGUCUUCGCUGGUCCCUUCACCUAGAACACCUUCCCAAUCUCAAAAGACAAAGCCUGGGAUUUUUGUGAUGUUUGAAGGUUUCUGGCUGAUCAUGCGCUCGCCUUACCUGAUAUACAUAUCUCUGCUUCUAUGGCUGAGUGCAGUUGUCUCAUCCUUCUUUUACUUCCAGAAAGUAACUAUAGUUGCUACUACAAUAUCAAGCCCAACUGCCAGAAGGAGAACAUUUGCACUGAUAAACAGCUUUAUAGCAGUUUUUAUUCUUGCCGGACAGCUCACUUUGACGGGUCAUAUCCUUACAGUAGCUGGUGUAACAGUUGCUAUUUGCGCAUCUCCAUUUAUUGCUGCCUCAAAUUUGAUUGCCCUUGCUGUAUGGCCAACUUGGGUUGCUGUUGCUGUCACUGAAACAAUUCGAAAGGUAACUACCUAUGUUUUGACUAGACCGGGAAGGGAGUUAUUAUUUACUGUUGUCUCACAGGAUGAGAAGUACAAAGCCAAGGUCUGUAUAGAUGUUAUUGUUCAAAGGCUUGGUGAUGCGACAGCUGCUGGAAUUUACACAUUACUUUUCAGCAGCUUUGAGAAGAAAAUAUCCAUUGUCAACCUCUAUGCAUUGCCGCUCUGCUUUGUCUGGCUUCUCAUUGCAUUUCAUUUGGGACGGCUCCAGACAAAUCUUGCCAAGCUUCAGGCAGCCUCUGACCCGUCCUAGUUCCUCCCAAACAUGUAUCUGGAACCUAAAUAAUAGGUAUCGUGGUGCUUCUUGACAUCUAUCAAGACAUGUGGCUGAGUAAGGCUGUUUGUGCAUGGCCUUUACUUUUCUAGGAUAUCGACUCAAUACACGGAAGUGGUUCGAGAAUCCAGAAGUACGGUAUGUCACGAAGACGAGGUUUUUGCCACCAGCAUUGAAUUUGUCUGCACAUUUCAAAGGGGCUACAAAUUGACAACACGGAAAUUCGAAUAUAACACUGGAAGUAAAGUAACUACCUGAAGGGUGAACAUAGAGGAAGACAUAAAUAGUACUGGCAGGCUAGCAGCUUAGAGUAUAAGAAUACACGAAUUUUGUAUCUGCUUUUAGUCCAUCCUUUCAUGGUGGAAAAUUGUGUCAUGCAAACUUUAAGCAUGUUAAUUCAUUGUUUAUGGGGAAAAGUAGGGCUGGAUAGGUUGGGCAUUGUUCUGCUGCGCUGCAUAAAAUAAUGUACUGUCCAAUACCACUCCCAGACUGCAUAUCAUUUGCAGAGAUGUGUAAUACCGACAACCAUCUGAUGAACCUGGACUACUGAUGCGACGGUGAAAUACUUCUGUAUAUGUGUGUGAUUUGAACU